AUGGGAGGUGGUUGUGACCUUGGGUUUAUGGUGGACGCCUCAUCAAGUGUUGGUGCGAAUUUACCAAGUGUUCUGAAUUUUGUAAUCAGCAUCGUUCACUCCUUUGCCACCGGUAUCGGUAUGCGGUAUGGAAUGGUUGCGUUUGGUGCUCAUGCUCAGGUUAUCUUCCGAUUUAAUCAGUAUACAUCACUCUCUGACGUCGACUCAAAAGUUGCUAGUGUGAACCUGCUUGAAGGCUACAGUAACGCCCACGAAGCUCUUACUCUAUGCAACUCAGUUCUUUUUGCCGGUAAUGGGGCUGGGAGAAAGAGAGUUUUGAUCGCGCUAAUGGCUGGCAGAUCGACAGUCAGUUUGACAACAGCUGCCAUAACAUUGAAAACGGCUAAAGUCAAAGUAAUUGCUGUUGGAAUGGGUAGCUCAUUUUCUAACCAAGAGCUUAUAACUAUGGCAUAUUCUUCAUCUUAUGCUCUAUACUCCAACUCCUUUACUGGUUUAGCAGGAAAAAGGCAGACUGUUUCCAAUUUGGUAUCUGAAGUUAGUGGUGUGACUGCCAUUGGAACUGCGCUUUCCGAAAAUGGAGCUUGCCAAACUCAAGUGGACCUUGGAUUCCUGAUUGACGGCUCUGGAAGCAUAAAUUACUUUGGCGCAGGAAAUUUCAGAAAGUGUUUGGAUUUUGUAAAAGCUCUUACUAGAGCUUUUGUUAUUUCUCCAACGAAAACAAGAGUUGGGGCUAUUGUUUUCUCAUACCGCAGUAAAAUUCAAUUCGACUUCAGCCAGUACCACAGGCAAUCAGAUGUAGAGGCCGCAGUCGAUCGCAUAGAAUACCCCGGACGUUCGACGUACACUGGUGUCGGUCUGAAAAUGGCCGGUGAAAAAUUAUUCAGCAAUAUCAGGAAAGGAGUUCCACGUGUACUGAUUGUUAUAACGGACGGCUUUUCCCACGAUAAUGUCGCCGAGCCUUCUGCAGUGCUUAGAAAGGCUGGAGUAAUAAUACUGUCCGUUGGACUGGGAAAGUAUUACAAUAAAGCUCAGCUUAACGUCAUAGCCAGCAACCCACAGGAAGAGCACGUGUUUUCGGUGGAUUUCUCUCAAAUGCCGAUUAUAGUUAGGGCAAUACAAGAUAGGUUUUGCAGAGAUUCCGCAAAGGCCGUCUCUGAAGGAGCAACCGGGACAACUGUCACCACCACGGGAAGCGGAGUUGGUGGAGUCGGUAGCGGAGGAAUUACAGCGACAGGAACGUCAGGUCAGUUUAUUCCACCACAUCGCAUAGGUCCUGAAUAA